AUGACGACGGCCAUUGCAUCAGAUUGUGAGGAUCGUCGGACGCGGCGCGGCUCGCGUCGCGUCUCAAAGUGUAGCCGCCGACGUGCGCGCGGGAAACGUGUAUUUCUGCAUGUGAUAAGGCCUUUUCCGCUCCUUGUUUGGGUCUCAUUCUCUUAUCGAUUGAUUAAAAAGGGAAAACAAUACUAUUAUGAAAGAUCACUUGGACUUUUACUAGGCAAAAUUGCGAAAUUUUGCACCACUCCGUUGUUUUUUCUCUCUCUCUCUUUCUGUUUGUCUCUCCCGUUGUCCCUAUAUAACUUGUUAUUUUUAUCGUUUUUUCUGUGAAUCGAACUGAAAAUAUGCAAUUUAGGAAUCAACUUGAACUUUCGCCCAGCUAACAGCCUCCAAGCUCCCUUGCUAAUUUAAGCAAACCUUGCUGAAAACUUCAUUGAAACUUUUUCAAAAAGGAACGAAAAGAUAACGGUUUGUUUUAUUUUUAUUUUUCGACAAUAUUUUUGUUGAAAAUUCGUGUUUUUGCAUAAAAAUUAUUUGCGCUAAAAAUAUGACUUUUUUUUUAAAUUUUUUUGCUAUUGGAAAGUACUUUGGAAGGUUGUUGGUUAGUAAUUUAUGAUUUCUGGUGAUUAUUUUUCAGAAUUGCUCAUUGCAAAUCUGUUUACUUAUGUUCAAUAUGUUCUAUUUUUGUCAGAUUUAUCCAAAAAAAGACAGUUUUGAAAAAUUUUUUUCGUUAGUAUUUAUUGAAGAAUUCGUUUCUCAAAGCUUCAAAUUUUUGAAAGUUUCCUACUGAAAAUCAAUGUUUUUCUUGAAGAUUUCUCAGAAAAUGAUAAAUUUUUUUCAUUUUCAAGAUAGAUGAUUUUUCUCAUUUGCCGUUCACUUUUUCUCAAGAGAUUUUUUUGAAAAAAAUAUUUUUUUCUAAUUUUUGAAAAAAAUUUUUUUGUUAUUCGAAUUUUUUUAGAAAAUUACAUUUUUAAAAAGCUUCUUGAUGAACAUUUUGACGGAAAAAAAGCAAAUUUUCGAUUAAAAAAAUUUGCUAUUUUUUUGUGUUCUUUUUCACUUUUUUUCGUACACCUGAUUUUUUUGUGGUUUUUGAAAAUAUUUUUUUAUUUUUUUAGGAUGUUCUUUUAAAUACAUUAUUCAUGUUCAAAAAAAUGGUUAAUUUCGGAAAAAAAUCUCGUAAAAAAAUCUUUGUAAAAAAAGCUCUCCAGUUAAAAUUUUUUUGACGGAAAAGGGAAAAAUUGAUGUGAAAAAAAUUUUCGGUUUUUUUGUAUGUUUUUCCUCUUUUUGCAUACUAGAUUUUUUUAACUCUGAAAGAUCAUUUCAUCGGUUUUUUUAACAAGAUAAUAAAAACCAUUGAUUUUUCCUUUCCUUUUUCUCAUUUGAUGUCAAUCAGUCGGUAGGUAUCUGACCUCUUUGAAGAUUCUUUCCAACGAUAAGAAAAAAAUAGAAGGGAAAGAAUCGGAUGUGACAUUUAUUGCGGUGUUGAUGAACGAGAAAACCCAGACGAUUUCCUAUUUUUCUUUUUGUUUUAUGAUCAGACAUUCUGUCGAAGGUUUUCACGUGAAAUAUGGCUCCGUACUUUGUUCCAAAAAGAUUUUAUUGGCUUUUCGGAGAGAGAAAAUCUUUUUGGAAAGAGAAAAAAAAAGGGUUUUCGUUGAAAACUUCAAUAGAAAUAUGAUUUUUUCGAGCAAAAUUUUUUUGAAAGCUGUGUUUUCUUGGAAAAAAUAAGUUAAUCGAUGAAUAUCUAUAUUUUUUUCAAGUUCUAUUUCCAUUAAACAAUUAUUUUUUUGCCAUCUAAAUUUUUUUGAAAAUUUUUAAAUCGAAAAAAAUUUUUUUCAGCUCAAAUUUUCACAGUUUUGUUGAAAAAGUAGAUCUACUUCCAUAGGAUUUUUCGCCAUUUUUUUGAACUUUUCAGAAGGUAAAUUUAAUUAUUUUUUUCAUGAAUUAGAUCAAAUUUCCUUGCAAAAAAAGCACAUUUUUUUCAAACAAUUUUUCAGAAAUUUUAACAAUUUAUAACGAGAAAAAAAGAUGCAAAAUUCAUACAAACCGUCGAUUUUUCAAAAUUUAUCAUUUUUUGACCGUAUAUUUGUCAGCAAAUGACAUCAUUAUCAACAUUUUUCUUUGAUAAUUCGUUAAUUUUCCGGAGAAAUAUUGAUAAGACCUUCCAGUCUUUUUGAACUAUUCCUCGCUGAAAUGCAACUCAAGGUGAUUUUUUGAGAUUUUUAUGGAAUUUUAAAGGAUUUUUUCACGCAUUUCUUUUCAAAAAUAUGUUGAGAUUUAUUAAAAAGAGGAAAAAAACGUGAAUAAUCGGAAAAAAAUCCACGUGGCGAUAGUCAUUUUUUUGAAGUUUUACUGAUUAAAAAAAUUCAUUUGUCAGCUUUUUCAUAAUUUUUCCCAUUCGGAUCAAAAAGAAAUUCGAGGUUAUUUUUGCAAAAUUUGAAGUUUUUUUGAGACCAUCGUCAAAAUGAAAAACGGUUAUUUUUUUCAUUUUGGGAAGUUAAUUCACUUUACAGUUUCACUGAUCCAACAUAAAUUUUCUCUGUCAUGGAUUUUACAAUUUUGAUGUUACUUUUUCAUGGAUCCUUGAGGAAAUCUCUAGCGGUCACUUAAGAGGUUCGUCUAGGGACUACUUGGAGAGGACAGUAAAGUGGCCACUUCAGUAGUUUUUCAUCCAGUACUCCUUCCAGUAACUCUGAUAGUUUUAAAAUAAACGGAUUGGACCAGUUAUGUUGAUCCAUUGACCCCUAAAGUGGCCGCUAAAAUUGUUAGUGGUCCAGUAGUAGCAUUUAGACCUCUGUAGUGGCCACUAAUUUCUAACCUCUUGAGUGGCCACUAAUUUGACUACUAUAGUGGCCCCUAAAAUGUCAAAACCCUAAAGUACCCACUAAAAAUUCAGAUUCAUAGAUUUAAAACGACUUUAUCAUGGAUUUUUUCUCCAGAAAAUGUGCGCCUACUACGCCGAAGCCGACUUCUCGCCGUUCGCCUUCUCGGAGCCGGCCCCUCCGUUGCCCUAUUUAUCCCCGUUCUUAGAAGAAUCGGGCUUCGAGAGCCCGCUCCCCGCCGGCCAGUGGGGCGUUUGGCCUGAUCACUCUACUGAGACGGCCGCUUUCGAAACCGUCAGUUUUUCAGUUCCAUAAAAUUCGAAUUGGCGUCAAACCGCGUCGCGACCGCUCCGCUCGUUAUAGCUGAUUUUGUGUCUGCGCUCUCCAAAAACCAAGCACUAUCUCUUCUUUUUUAUCCGCCUAAAAAACAUUUUUUCGAUGGCUUGAGCCGUGAGGUCUACCUGCAGGCGGAGAAAAAUGAAAUCCCUUUAGGGAUCAGAAAAUCUUUAUCAGUAGAGCAAACUUGCGAGAUAAAGACACUUCAUUUUGCCUAAAUUCGUUAAUAGCUUCGGUUCCUGUUCCAGGAAAGAUUGAUCAGUGAAAGUAUUGUGUUCUCAUUCAAUUUCGAUAGCAUUCCACGCUUCAUGAAAAAUGAAUUUCAUCCCUUAAGUGGUCAGAUAAUAUUUAUCAGUAGAGCAAACUUGAUAUAUUAAAAGGAAUACUGUAUAUUGGUUCAUUUUAUUGAUAACUUUUUUUGAUGGCUCAAGCUCAGCUAUAACUACAGCCGAUCGUUUAAAAUUGAGAAAAAAAAAAUCAUCCCUUAAGUGAUCAGAAAAUCGUUGUCAGUAGAGCAAAGUUGUGAGAAAUAAAAGCGCUGUAUUUUUAUCAUAACUUUGAUCCCCGUUUCAUUAAUUAUUAAUGAUAUCCCUUAAGUGAUCAGAGUACAGUUGUCAAUAGAGCGAACUUGUGAGAAUCUUGUAAUUUGCUUCAAUUUUUUUUAUAACUUUUUUCGAUGGCUCAAGCUCAGCUAUAAAUGCAGUCGAUUAUUUAAAGCCGAGUAAAAAAAAUCCUUUAAGUGAUCAGAGCAUCGUUAUCAGUAGAGCAAACUUGUGAGAUUUCAGAGAAAUAAAAGUGCUGUAUUUUUAUCAUAACAUAUCUCAAAAAAAAAAUCAAUAACAUCCCUUAAGUGAUCAGAGAAUCGUUGUCAAUAGAGCAAUCUUUUGAGAAUCUUGUAAUUUGGUUCAAUUUUUUGAUAAUCUUUUUUUGAUGGCGCAAGCUCAGCUAUAACUGCAGCCGAGUAAAAAAAAAUCAUCCCUUAAGUGAUCAGAGAAUCGUUGUCAGUAGAGCAAACUUGUGAUUCAAAAAAAAAAAAAAAUAAAUAAAAGCGCUAUAUUUUAUUCCCGUUUCAAGAAAAGUUCAAUCAUAUCCCUUAAGUGGUCAGAGUACAGUUGUCAGUAGAGCAAACUUAUGAUUAAAAAAAAAGUUUCUGUAUUUCUCCAAUAACUUUGAUCCCCGUUUCACGAAAAAGGCAGUCAUAUCCCUUAAAUGACCAGAGUAAACUUAUCAGUAGAGCAAUCUUACAACUUCGACAAAUUCGAUCCCCUGUUUCAGGACGGCAUGUCGAGAGUUCGCUGUGGCACCGGCUGCGUUAAUCGCAACUGCUGCGCGUUCUCCAACGACGGAAAGUGUGUUUUUAAGUGGGCCGAAGCCUCCGCCGCCGCCGCUGCUCCUUCCGGAAGCCCUCUUCUCACCUCCACCACGUCGACUACUGAAAUGGUACUCGCAACUCCCAAUCGCCCUAUUUUGUCCCCUUCUCCGUUUUCUUGAUCUGUUUCUCUCCCUCUCUGAAGUCAUAGUCAAGCCAAUGGGAAGAGCCGAAGAAAUAAGGGACAAUUGAAGUCUUGGAAAAAUGAGCCGCAAAAAAUGAGUAUGGAAGUUGGAAUGUUCGCUCUGUGGAUAAAAUUGUCAAGGGAGGGUCUAGGAAGAGUUUUUUUGAGUCUGGAAGUGGGAAAUUUUGGUAGAAGGGUAUUUUUUGAAGAACGUAAUGAGAAUAUGGUUCAAAAAACAAGUAAGAAAAAUUUUUGAACUGAUUUUCACGUGAAAAUAGUGAUUUUUAUGAAAAAUUAGCAAUUUUCGGACAUGAAAUUAUCAAUUUUGAGGCGUAAAAAGCUCAAAAAUAACCAUUUUUUUCAGCUAUGAAAAAAAUGAAGAAUUUUUCUGGGUGAAUUUUCGAAAUUUCAUCAUUUUACUGAAGUAAGAGAUGUUUUUUUCUGUGAAUAAAAUGAAUAGGAAGGCUGAAAAAAAGCUUCGAAAAAAAGUUUUUUUAUACGAAAAAAAGAGAUCUAAAAAAAGAUUUUUUUGGAAAAAAAUAUUUUUCAAGAAAAAAAUCUGUAGUUUUGGACCCUUUUUUGAAAAAAAGAACUUUUGUAACUUUAAUUACAAAAGUUUUCUACAGGUUUAAAAGAAAGAAAUCCUUGAAAAUUGAGAAAAAAUGGAAAAAAAAAAUUUAAAACAUGAAUUUUGAAAAAUCGAGCCGAUGGUACCUUCUGAAAUGUGAAUGAGUACCUAAAAAAAGUAAAUUUUUCAAAAAUUACGGAAAAUUUCAAAAAUGUCAUUAAUUUCGGAGCAUUAACUGAAAAGAAAAAGAAAAACGUCGAAAAAAAAGAUUCUUUUUCUGAAAAAGACGAGAAAAAGUGUGCAGAAAGGGCAACCCUUAUCAGAUCUUUUUUUUCCAUGAAUCACGAAAAUUUUCGCGGCUAACGACGGGAAAACAUUGCUACAGAAUUGAAAAAAAGCCGACUUUUUUGUUUUUUUUUUAUCUAUAGAGCGAAUUUUCAAGUUUCAAUGGCUUUUUUUGAGUGGCCAUAUAGGCUUGUUAUUUUUGAUUUUUUAAAAUUAUUUUUUUAUAAAGAAGAAGCGAUCUUUCAAUGGAAGGGAUUUGGAAAGUUCUUGGGGUCAGAAAAAAAGAAUAUUUUUGAAAAGAAAAUUUUUGGAUUUAGGGUUGAAAAUAUGGGAGAAAUCUACUCGGUAUCUAGAUUUUUCAUGAUUUUUUUGAGAAUGUUUAUGAAAAAUUAUUUAAAUUUUUACUUUAAGGUUCAUCAAAAGCUAGUUUUGAGGUUUAUUUUAACUAAAAUUUAAGUUUAUUUUUAAGAUUAUCAAGACUUUUUUUCACAGGAUUCAUGAAAAAAAUUUUUAAAUUUUUUUCAACUGGAAAGGAAAAUUAUUUCAUUUUCUACAUUAAGCUUCAUCUAAGCUUCACCUGAAGUGAAAUUUAAGUUUAUUUUAAGAUUUUCAAGACUUUUUUCACAGGAUUCAUGAAAAAAUGUCAAAUUUCCGACUGACAAGAAAAUUAUUUCACUUUUCACUUUAAGCUUCAACCUGAACUGAAAUUCAAGCUUUAAGACUUUUUCGAGAGGAUUCAAUGCCCAAUAUCAGGAAAACUAAGAAAUUACUUCAUUUUGAACUUUGGAAUUUUAUAAAAUUACACUGAAACGUACUGAGAGAAGGUCGUGAAGAACAGGGACUUUUCACCUUUGUAUUGAAAGAUUGCUUCUUUUAAAGGAUAAAAAGUAAGAGAAAAUCUUUGCAGCAACAUUGUUUUAUGCGAUUUGAUCGCGCCUCUGGACUCAUUCGCGGAGAUGACGGCAGAAUCGGCGGCGGUCGUGGCGGAGGAAAGUCUUGCUCCUCCUCCUCCAGUGGAUCGUCUGUUCACGUCUCUGGCGGACAGGUGACUAUGAGGGGAAAUUACCUGAAAGGUGUAGGGACAGUGAAAACCUAUAUUUUAUUCGGAUAACGAAUUUCCUACAAGAGGGUUAGGAAAAUGAGCCGGAAAAUGUUUGGAUCUGGUGAAAAAUGUUCGAUUCGGAAGCGAAGAUUCGGUAGCAAGUAGGCCUGAAACUCCACAAAAACUUGUGUUUUUGAAGGUCAAUCAAUGACGUCAUAGAUAUAGUCGACUAGGCGGGGAACAAAAACUUUUGAAGCUACAACGAAAAGCCGUCUUUGAAGUGUAGUUGUUCAAGUUGAAUCAAGAAGUUUAAGCGUGUAGAUGAUCAAGUUGAACCAAGAAGUCCAAGCGUGUAGAUUAUCAAGCUGAAUCAAGAAGUUUAAAGGGGUAGAUGAUCAACUUCUAUCAAGAAAAUCAAAGGUGUAGAUGAUCAAGGUGAAAACAUGGUCUUACGGUUCUUCCCCUUGUUCUUCAGCACGUAGUCCAUUCAAUUGCUCCUUGACGAGCUCAGAAGAUAGCGGAUCUUGUAACUGGAGCCCGGAGACCGUCCUCUAGGGGGAAGUCUCGAACUAGAAAUGGCCAUUUCGAGUGAAGACUUUGCACGGAAACUUGUCCCAAAAUUUAGAAAAGUAAAACGUUUUUUUUAUCUCUGUAUCGAUUUUUGUAUCGAACAGCGCAUCGACUUUUUCCAAUUAGGAGCGGAAAAUAAUCAAAAAAAAGUGAUGAUGUAUUGGAGAGCGCGUAGGAAACAAGAUUUUAUAUUUUUUGAUGUUAAAUAAUGGAAGUUUUUCCGUUGAAAAAUGACUUUUUGUAGAAUUUUUAAAAAGGCCUAGUUAUUGAUUUUUUUUUCAGUUAGAUGACAAUUUUUCUGUCAAACUUUGUUGAGGAAAUACCUCCUGAUUAUUGAUAUUCAAAAGAUGACUAUUCUUUUUCUGUACCUACUUAUCAAAAUUUUCAGCGCUUUGUCUUCUGAACAACACCAGCACGUCAGCAGCAGCAGCCCCUCUCCAUCGCAAACUUAUCAUUCUCUCAACUCUCACCAUAUCUCAUCCCCACCAUCAUGUUCCGAACUAAAGCCCCAGCAAAACUCCCCGGACAGCAGCAUCGUCGACGUCGACCGCUUCUUGGACCAUGCCAACUUUGACGAGUUCGGCGCCGACGUCUACACUGAUUACAGUUCAGAAAAUCGAUAAAAAUCGAGUUUUAAACUGAAGUUUUAGCCUACGAUGCCGACUUCACCUACAUCGAUGGCAUCAUUGAGCAGGUCCGACAGGAAAUCCACUCAGAAAAGGUGAUUUCAAAUCAGCGCAAAGUUACGGUAGCUACAGUAUGAUCUAGAAAGUUAACGAAGAAAGGGCUACUGUAGGAGCCGAAAUUCGCAGGAAAAUUUAAGAAAAACGAUAUUCAAACAUCUGUGAAAAUCAAAGAACAACCUACAGUAUUUGGGGAAAAUUUUUGAGUUUACGGUAGCUACAGUAUGCUCUGUAAUUUAACUGAAAAUAAUACUGUAUGAGCGAAAAUUUGCCGAAAAACUUGAGUAAAGCGGUACUGUAGCUACUGUAGUUGCUGUAAAAACCUAGGUUAAAAAGGCUACAGUGGCAGAGAAAAUUUUCCAAUUUUACGGUAGCUACAGUAAGUUCUAUGAGUUCAGCUGUGAAAAAUUACUGUAGGAGCGAAAAUCCGCCAAAAGAAAUUGAGAACAGUGGUAUUGCAGCUUACUGUAGUUGCUGUGAAAUCAACGAUACAAUAAUACCAAGUUUACGGUAGCUACAGUAUGUUCUGUAGGUCUAACGGAAAUACGUUACUGUAUAUAAAAGCGAAAAAUCGAAACGAAAACUCACUAUCGAGUUGAAAAACUUGAGAAAAGCGGUACUGUAGUUUACUGUAGCUUUUGUGAAAGCAGAGAUUGAAAAAAGCUACAGUAGUUCUGAAAUUUAUACGCUAGCUAAAGUGAGAAGAAAACUGUGGGGUUGAAAAAAGUGAAUUAGUCCUUUUUUAUGGCUCAUUCCAACCACAAUGAUUUGAGCCAUUCCCAGUGCGGUGUUUCGAAUCGUGGCGACUGAAGUCUAACCCUAAAAAAUUCCUCAUUUCCAGACGAACCCGUCCAAGUAUCCCUCCGGCAAAGUGAGGAUGUCACCUCCACCAACUCUUCUGAAGCAGGGCGACUCCAGGAAGUCGAGCGCCGCCUCCUCCGACGUCUUCUUCAUCCAAGGGAGCACGUCUCCGCAGCCGGUGUUCGUCGAGCCCGGAAAGCCGGUGACGUUGAUCGGCGAGGACGGCAAGGAGUACAAGGUAACUUCAGCCUUCUCAGAAGAGAAGCGCGUUCAGUUUAGAGAGCAUGGUAAACUUGGAGAGAACAGAGACGUCUUCUACACACUGUCUGGUGUGAAAUUGGCUCUCUACAAAUUUACCGUGCUCUCUAACUGAUGAGCGCACAGGCCCUUAGACAGUGUGUAGAAGGUGGAGAGUACGAUUCUGGGCUCUCCGAUUUGUCAUGCUCUCUAACUGAGGAGCGCGCAGGUUCCUAGAUAGUGUGUAAAAUGUGGAGAGUACGACUCUGGGCUCUCCGAGCUUCUCGUUCUCUCUAAACGGAUGCAGGAGAUAAGCGCGCAGGUCUUAAGAGAGUGUGUAAAAAUCAGAGAGUGCGACUCUGGGUUCUCCGAUUUUGCCAUGCUCUAACUGAUGAGCGCGCAGGUCCUUAGACAGUGUGUAAAACGACUCUGGGCUCUCCGAGCUUGUCGUGCUGUCUAAACGGAUGCAGCAGAUCAGCGCGCAGAUCCUUAGAUAGUGUGUAAAACUUGGAGAGUACGACUCUGGCCUCUCCAAUUUUUCAAUGCUCUCUAACUAGUGAAGAAAAUCAGUCUGCAGGUGCUUAGAUAGUAUGUAGAACUUGGAGAGUUCAGUUCAAAUUUCCCGCCAAAAGCCGCAUCGCGACCGCAACGCGUCACCUUUUCCAGUUUCGCCCUUAUUACCUUACAAGAUCGGGCAAAUUUGACUAUAAGGAAUCUAAAAAAAAAGCCGAAUUACACGCACCCUGAAGGAAUGAGACAAAAAGGAGACAAUAAAUCAAUUUUUUCAGCUCGUCGUUCAACCGGUCCAGCCGGACGCCCCCUCGACGUCUUCUGCCUCUUCGCCGACGUCAUCGACGUCUUCUCCGCCUCCCUCGGCCGGCCGGAAGUCCUCCAAACGCCGUCCGAGCUCCGACAACGCUGAGCCGGUCCGGAAACGAGCCCCCGGAGUCUCCCUGGCCCAAAUGACCGACGAGGAGAUCGCCGAGCGGAAGAAAGAGCAGAACCGCGUCGCCGCCCAGCGAUACCGGCAGAAGAUCAAGGAGUGCAAGGCCAGCGAGUCCGAGGUCCGACAAGCACGAAGAAAAUGAUUUUUUAUAGGAAAAGCUUAAAAAUUUCGCUCUAACUUCAGUUUUCCGUAACGGCUGCCUUUUAAAAAAGACGGGUUUGAAAAUCUGCACUUUUUUAGCGAAGUCAGAGUGAUCCCAAAGGGGCGACCUUAAGAAUCCUUGAAAACCCCCCUCUAGGGACCACUAAAGCUUGGGUGCUACGACAAGAGCGAGUUUUCCAUUUGCGAGGAGUACUGUAUGCGGCAAAGCGCAUUGCGUGCAUGCACUCUGCGUGUUUACACUUUUGUGGCGUGACGUCAUCGCGCCGUACAUCUGCGGGUUUUUUGCUUGCGGGUUUUUUUUUCAAUGUUUUUUUCGGAAUUUUUUUUUGGAUUUUUUUUUCCGGUUUGGUUUUGAUUGUGCGAAUAUUUUCGAAACAAAAAGAAAACUUCUUUUUUACCUCAUAAGAAGGCUCCUUUUUGUCCUCAAAAAAUCUUCGUGUUCUUCUUCUUCUCCUCAUAUUUUUUUCUCUCGUUCAGAUUUUGAAAUGAAAAAAAGUGGUGCUAUGAAUGAAAUUCAGGAUGGAAAGUGACGAUUAUGUUAACGCCAUUGUUUUCGACUCAGUUUCAAAGCAACAAGAAAUCGCAAAGGAAGUUUUGGCGAAAAAAGAUGUCCCUGCUCCUCCACCCUCAACACCGGCAUUGUACAAGAAACCAAUUUUCGUAAAAUUUCUGACAAGUCCCUUCAAAUCUCUCAAUGUACAUUUUAAAAUAUCUUGAAGAUUUUUCUGGGAAAAUGACUUUUGUUUGAUAUGGUGGUUCUGUAAAAUUUGUUAUUUUUCUUAUUUUUCUUAUUUUUUUAUUAUAACUUAUUUCAAUUACUGGUAUUUGUUAUGAUGCAAUUUUUUUGAUAUUUUCCUCUUUGAAAUAUCAAUAUUAGCUUACUUCUUUUUUUCUAUAUUUGUGGAGUUGACCUUAUAGCUAUCUAUAAAGAAACAUUUUUCCUAAGCUGCCCCCUUGACAAACAGAGUUUUUCAUCAAUUAAAAAAAGUUUUUCUUUUUGUUUCGAAAAAAAUAAAUAAGCCGGAAAAAUUCAAAAAAAAUCCGAAAAAAACCCGCAAAGCAAAAAAACCCGCAGAUGUACGGCGCGAUGACGUCACGCCACAAAAAAGUGUAAACACGCAGAGUGCAUGCACGCAAUGCGCUUUGCCGCAUACAGUACUGCUCGCAAAUGGAAAACUCGCUCUUGUCGUAGCACCAAAGCUUGAAAAUGGAGGUCAGACCAUAAACCCCUAUAAGGAGCACUUUUUGGUCCCGGUUGUAGCCAAACCCCUCUAGGGACCACUUUUGCGUUUCCAAGUUAACCUUUCUUAGUUCAACUGACAAAUAAAACGUUUUCAUUAAAAAUCGAGGAAUUACAAAUUUCAGUACACAUUUAAAUGUUCAAAAAUUAUCAUUUUUGGACUUUUUUUUUUAAUUAUUUAUUUCUGAAGCCGGAAAGUCCAAGAAACCUUUUUUCACUCCAAUUACCCUUUUUUGCGACUUUCGCGCUACGCCAGAAAAAAAAAUUACUGGACUAAACGUUUUUCGGGCGAGCCUGGGCUGUUCUAGAAGUCACUUAAGAGUUGAUGCCCCUUAAGUGGUCCCUAGAAACCCCCAAAAACGUCUGUGACCGCACAAUAUUCUAAAUUUUUGAGAGUUUAACGUUUUUUUCAGUUCUACUGCGUUUUAAAUUUUGAUUCCUAGUAUUUUUAGGCUAUUUUUGAAUAUGAAAAAUAAUUUAUUCCGUGACAACUUUCGAGUUUCAGGAAGGCACCCGACUGAUGAAGCGCAACGAUUUCCUCCGAAACGAGACGAUCCGACUCGAAAAAGAGAUUUCGGACCUUCGAUCCGUCAUUUUCUCACGAGUUGACCAGCGAUAA